GAAGGACCUGGGGCUGGGGAGAAGGGCCUGGGGCCGUGCCCAUCCUGGGCUUGCACCCCUGGGGCCAGGGCUGUGUCUCAGCACUCGUGGCUGGUGCUCAGCUGGUCGAGGUGGUGCUGCUGGUGCUGGGUGGUUUAGCACGGACUGAUGUGAGGCAGCAGGCUCCCUGUUUGCUCCUGGGCAUGGCUUUUGGAGGAUCUUUGUCCCUCUGGACUCCACUUCCCCCACCCAGAGCUCCUGCAGCUCAGACAUCCCUGUGUGACCUCACACACAUCAGUGGCAGCAAGCCAGGGAGGGCAGCUCUGGCUGGGAAAAGAAGCAGGAAACCUGAGAAGCAAGAUAAGAGCUUCAGAGCUGAAGAUCGAGGAGCUGGUGCUUUUUUCCUCCACUCUGUGCCCUGUGGUCUGAGGGUCUCCACCACUUUCCUGCUCCCAGGCAGGCUCCUGCUGGGGCUGGUUGCUGUUUUCAGGAGCACAGGACCUGCUGCCACCCAGUGCCCUUGCUAGGGCACAAAACACAAGCAGGGAGCAGUGAUGUCCCCCAGCCCGGCUCAGGGGGACCCUGGCUGAGCAGCAGAGCCGUGCACACGUGGAGGGGAUGCUCCUUGCAGGGGCUGCAGAGAAACACCUCAGGGAUCAGGCAGGGGGAAGGCACAGAUGCUGCUCCUCAGAGGAGCCCCUAACUCAGCCCACAUGGCAGUGUCCCCAGCACAAGGCACGUCCAGCAGCGAUGGGGACAGGAGGCUGCACUGGGGUGCAGGGUCAGUGCCGUGCCACCCAGCGUGGCAGCACUCCCAGCACAGCCACUGGCCUGGCCCGACCCACCAGGAUUAGGGAGCCUGCAGGAGUAAGUAAUUGAAAUCCAGAUUAGGUUUAAGCAGCUGCUACGCAGAGGGCAUGUGAGCAGAGGCUGUGCAGGGGGUGAGCAGGCUCGGCUUGUGCACACCAGACAGAAGGCAGCGGUGCUGUGCUGUGGGACAGGGCACCUGGGAUGAGAUGGUCCCUGCCGUGAAGAGACAGCCCAGGCAGGAGGAUGAGGCACAGGGACACUGUGCUGGGCUGCUCGCUUCGUAGCUGCUGGAGAGAGGCCACCCCUCUGCACAGGGCUGCAGACCAUGUUCCACCUCUUCUCCCACUGCUGGUCCUGGCUGCAGGCCAUUCAGGAGCCCACCAGGAAAGUGACCCUCCUUGUCAUGGGGCUGGACAACGCAGGGAAAACCUCCGUGAUCGCGGACAUGGAGAGAGCGCUGGCCGCGGAGGUGCUGCCCGCUGCGCAGCCGGGCCAGAGCCGCCUGCGGGUGGACAGCUUCGAGGUGACGCUGCUGGAGCUGCCCGGGGGACCGCGCUCCCGCGGCGCCGGGCGCGGCCACUACAGCCAGGCGCACGGGCUGCUCUUCGUCCUGGACUCCGGUGACCUGGCACGGAUGGAGGAGGCCCGCAAGCUCCUGAGCCGCGUCCUGAGCCACCCUGACGCCUCCGGGAAGCCGCUCUUGCUGCUGGCCAACAAGCAAGACGCGGCGGCGGCGCUGCUGCCCUGCGAGCUGAUCGAGCGGCUGAGCCUGGAGCGGCUGGUCAACGAGAACCGCUCUCCGUGCCGCAUCGAGCCCUGUGUCGCCCGGCGGGUGCCCCCCGCGGGCCCGGCCCGCAGCACCGUGCAGGGGCUGCGCUGGCUGCUCCGCGCCGCCGCCGCCCCGGCCCCGCCGGACCCCGCCCCGAGGGCCGCCCGCAGGGACCGGCCGCCCCCCGGGGGAGAUGCUCGGGAGGGCGCGGGGAAGAACGGGGAGCCCCGGGCGCUGCGCCCCGUCUGCCGCCUCCUGCCCCUGGAGGAGAGCGCCAAGGGCCCCAGGAGGAGGAAGAGGAAGGUGAAGGUGAAGAAGAAGGGCUUGGGGCAGGCAAGCCCAGCCGAGGAGCCGGAGGGGCCGGGAGUAGGGGCUGCAGGGGGGCUGCUGCUCCCCAACAGGGUCGGGCAGGAGGAGCCCGUACCCAUCGGGAUGGCCACCCCCCUCCCAGCACAGGGUAUGAAAAAGAAAAAAAAGAAGAAAAUCAAGAAUAAAAUCAAGUCCCGGGAACCUUCUCUGGAGCAGCAGCGUGAGGAGGUCUCAAGCACCUUUGAUCUGUACCGCCGGGCGAUGCUGGCUCUGAAGAUGAGGCAGGAGCAGAGGAAGCAGCCAUCGGCCAUCGCCCCCUGAGAACGGCGCUGCGGUCCCGGAGCAGCCAGGCUGCAGUGGCGGCGGGCCCCUCGCUCCUGCAGAGCUGCCGGUGCUUGGCCAGGGCUGGCAGAGCUGGGAAACGGAUCCUGGGGCAUAAACAGCAUCUUUGUGCCCUGCGUGGCUGGAAAACCAGGGAUCCACAGGGGCGAGCCAAAAGUCCCUUUGUAAGACGCCUCUCUGGCAGCCGGGCUGCAAACCCGAGUGAAAAGGGAACGGGCGGCCCCUUGCCGCCCCCUGUUAGUAUUCCGUGGAAGACUCCGUGUAAACCCGGAUGAGUCUGUGGGGGAGAGGAAGAUCGAGCAAACAGCAGGGGGAAAGCUGGUCUCUUGAAUUGAGCUGUGCCCGCGGAAAGCUGUCUUCGCAGGUCAGCGCUGACCUGGCCCGGCACUCCCUGCUGCUGCCUGGAACGGCCUCGUUCCCUGCUGGUGAAGGAGGGAGGGCAGCCCCAGGGGGUCUGCAGAGGAGCUCCACAUCUGCCAGGGCUGUCAGGACCCGCUUCACACACCGCAGGAAGGUGAUGCCCGUGUUUGUGCAGCCCAUCAGUGAACAUUUCAGUUCAAAGGCAGCUGGUGGCAGAGGCUCCAUCCACAGGAGCGUUCCUCCUGACCCUGCCAUCCUUCCAGGAGGGUCACUGUCGCUGGCAGCCUGGGCCCCUCUGCCCCAGGUGGUCCCUGCUGUGAGACGGGAGGAGCAGCAGCACAGCAAUCCGAGCUCAGCCUGUGUCACACCGUGUGUGCCAGGGCAGCAGCAGCACUCCUGUGUCACACUGUGUGUGCCAGGGCCACUCCUGUGUCACACCGUGUGUGCCAGGGCCACUCCUGUGUCACACCGUGUGUGCCAGGACAGCAGCAGCACUGCUGUGUCACACCGUGUGCCAGGGCCACUCCUGUGUCACACCGUGUGCCAGGGCAGCAGCACACCCAUCCCAGCCCAUCCUGUGUGUCACACCGUGUGUGCCAGAGCCGUGCCAGCGGGCUCUGGGGGUGCCUGGCUGGCCAAGCUGCCCCCAGCCUGGGAACACUUCAGCUGAAGUCCGGGAGCUUUCCUCGUGUCGCCUGCAGAGAGCAGCGCUGGAGCCCGCGGUGUGCGUUGGUCACCUCUGCUCCCGUGUCACUGAUUAACUCUGCUCCCUGGCACUGCCUCUGCGGCCCGGGGAAGGCAAAUCGGGGGUGCCCUUCCCUUGGCAGGGCUGGAAGGGAAAACAAGAGGAACUGGCUGCUCUGCCUUGCCAGCCUGCCACAAAGCUCUGUCUAACUCUGCUGUAUUCAGCUGCUGGGGACUACAAGGAUUAUUUGUAAAUAAACUGGAAAUAACAGCAGCAGAA